AUGAAUGCGCUUGUUCUCAGUACAGUCAUACUUGCAGUAAUCGAUCUUUUAGCAUAUUUUACCUUCGCAGAUUACAACAUAAAAACGAACAAAUUAACAUUUGAGUCAAAAACAAAUGAAUGCAAAAGAGCAAUAUAUAUGUUUGCAGGCAAGGACUCAUUCACUAUAAGGAGUAAAGACAAUGUUUACUUAGAAGCCCAUGACAACAAAACAGUUAUAAGCAGUUUAAACGUUUAUGGAAAUGUACACACAAAUGAAUUUCUCUUUUUUCAAACAAAUCAGUGGAAAUUAUACUACAUUAAUACGUUCGAUAGAAAAGAUAAUUCAUGGAGCCCCUCGGAUAUCAGCACGUGCGGUACCUCUCCUGAUACAUUUCUUGGCGGGCCAUGCAAAUUUGGAGCCACCGAUGCCUACACCAAAAUUGCCAACAUUCCCAAGCAUAGAGAAUUAAAAAUUAAGUUGAGGGUACAUUUUUUCGAUAUAUGGGAAAACGAUUCGCUAUUUUUGCAAGUCGACAAUAAAACAGUUUGGACGGAAUCUCAUCAGUCUUGCUCUUCGGAAAGUUGCUCCUCAGGAAUAAACCUCUGCGGGAAGGAUACCCCUGACCGACUAUCAGUACCUAUAGGCGUGGAAUUGGAGCAUACGUCAGAUACGGUUAAUAUAUUAAUUGGAAAUACUUUAAAAAAAAAAACUGAUGCAUGUACAACGUCAUGGGGCAUAGACGAUUUCGUUGUCUACUACAAAUAA